AUGAUAGAAAAAGGAAUCAGGCUUGAAGACAUCUUUGGGAUGGCUUUAAAUUUAGUGAUGAACAGUUGCAAAAUAGCUAUAGCUUCACCCCCCAAAGAUUUGGAAGAAGAAAUUGUUAGAGAGAUAGCAAAACGAAUCUUGCAAAAUAGAUAUGGGUUUAGUGAGGAUCAAGUGAAUGACUUAUUCUCUAUCCAGAAAAAUGACCAAUGUGAAAAUACCUAUUGUGAAAGUGCCUCUGGUAAAACCUUAAAUAUUGCGAUUUCCAACAAACCCCCAAAAAGAAUAGAGGUGACUAUUGGAGAGAUGGUGCAAUGGAUUUUACAGAAUAAACUUACUAUUAGAGAUGUAAGAGCUGAAGCUUAUACCUUAGCCCUAUCAGCAAAAAAUGCUAAUGCUGGUUCAUCAUGUAUUUUCCGGCUUCGAAGAGAAUUAAGAAAUAUUAGUGCUUCACCCCAGAUUAUCAAGGCCACGAAAUUUCCAGAUAUUACAGAAGAAGCUAACAAAAUCCAGAUGAACAAUCGGAAAAAGGCUGAAACUAAACGUAUUGAUUAUCCAGAUAAAUUUACAUUAGAAUCGGUUAAGGAAAGAUUAGAUGCGUAUGAUAUUAAAACUUUACCCGAUUAUCAGGCUCUUGCAGAUGUCAUGGUAAUGCUUUGUAUCCGUCCUGCUGAACUUAGAACUUUACGUAUUACAGUUGCCGGAGUAACAGGAUAUGCGAAGAAUCGGGGUCAACCAGAUAUAUCUAGAAAAUUUAGAUCUAUAGAAAAGAACCAAGAACGUGCCAGAGAAUUACUCACUUGGAUACAGCGCGCAAUAUCUUCUGGCCGAAUAGGUAAUCCAGAAGCAGUUUAUGCUGUAGUGACAAAUGGAGCGAAAAAUAUGGCCACACUUAUACAAUUGCUGGGGAAGCACUUCGGCAUUCUUGUGACAACUAUACUUCUCCAGUACAAAACUACAUCAUG